UCCUGCCCUGGCACCGGGGGCCCGGGGCUCUUUGAUGGAGACUCUGGAUGCUGGUGACGUGCAGUGUCCCUUGAAGAUGGGGAUGCAAGGAACGCUGUGCGUGGGAGCAGGGGACCCACGCGAAGGGGCUGUGCUGGUGAGCGCUGAGGAACCGUGUCCAGCUUCAGGCCUCACUCCCCAGCCCGCGGCUCAGGCCUCCGCUGCCCCAGGAGAGCCCAGCUGGCCGGCCAGGGAGAUGGCUCCCAGGCCUGAGGUACCUGCUCUCACAGAUCCAGCCAAAGAGCAGGCAGAGGCAGGACAGGAGACGCCCACCUCAGAUGUCAGCAGUGAGGGGGUGGGUCCAGAAGAGGGCCCCGGGGGCGGUCCUGCCCCUUUGCCCCAGAAGGAGAGAGGACAGACCUGCACCAGGGAGCAAAGCCUUGAAGUCCUGCAAGGGGCACUGCCCCCUCCUCCCAGCACAUCAGACGGAAGUGCCCGAAGGUCACCGGGGCCAAAGGCUGAAGCCAAGGCGCCUGAUGGCCCAUGUAUGGCUAAGGGCAAAAGCACACAAUCUAGGAUUGAUCCUCCAGGACGGGAAGAAGCCUCAGAGCCACCUGGCAGUGCUGAUCCCGGGAACCUGUGGGCAGAGCAGCCCCAGGCCCUCGGCUGCUGGCCUGACCCAGAGAUGAAGCAAGAGGAGGUUUCCAAGCUGACCGGCGACAUGGACAGCAAAGUCCUUCCCAGCCUGGCCUCCGUGCGGCCGCCCAGGGAGGAGGGUCCCAGACACGUGGACCGGCCCAGGUCUCCAUCAGAGGCUGCCGCUCGCGGCUCAGAGGCGUGUGGGACCCUGGGAGAAGUCCACGUGGUUCACGCACCCAGCUCACUGAACGAGCCCCAUGAGCAAGGCUCCAUCACGCCUCCUGGGCCGGAUGGAGCCGGUGAACCCGCUGUUCCCACAGGAGCUGUCCGGGAGGGGCCAGGGGUACAGCCCAAAUGUCCUGACGUCCUCCAGGACGUGGGGGGACUGGGAAGAAUGGACUGUCUUCCUGCUUUAGAAUCUGAGAAAUCAGACUUCCUGUCAACUUCUGCUGCAGAGGUCACCCCUGAAGCCGGGGACGUGGAGAGCUCAUCUGAAAUAAAGACCAGGAGCCACCGGUCGGCGCCAAAGCCCGGCAGCUGUGAUAGGGAGGGCUUGCUGAGGUCCCCCCAGCCCUGUGGGCUGGGGCACGAUGCAGCUGGACAGGAAGUCCAAGCCGAUGGGCCACAUCCCGCCGGUGUGGAGACCUUGGCAGAGGACUGUGGGCUCACGACGCUCAUUCCGGAGCAUGAUCAGCAGGGAAACCCAUCCUGCACAGGACGCCAAACACAAGCAGCCGCACCUGAGGGACCGUCAGGCUCUCCUGAGAGCCAUCGCCAGCUGUGCCCGUCGGGCCCAGAAGCACCUGUCUCUGAUAUGCUCGGGGAGAAGGCUCAGCUGUGUGAAAAUGAGAAAGAGGCUUCUCCAGGUGAUCCAGGCUUUAAGAACCCAGGUGCGGAUUCUCCCCAAAUCCACGUACCCACAGAGCCUCGAGGGGAUGGGAGCUUGUACGCUCCCAGAGGAGAGGAGCAGGCUUCCAGGUUGGAACUGCAAAGUGAGCUCCCCACAGUCAGUCUGUCUGACGCUCCAUGUUCGGCUCCCAGGGACACAGUUCCGGAGAGCGCUGUGACAGAGCCGCUGGAGUUGUCAGCCCCAAUAAGACCCGGGCUGCCCGCACUCGGGGAGCAUGGGCAAGAGGGGGCAUGCAGGGACAGCCAGGCCUCCAGGGUCUUGCUUCCUGCCGCAGACACCUCACAAGACUCUCCCCUCGCAGGGAGCUUGAGCAGAAGCGAAGGUUGUGCCGGGCAGGGGCCGAACAAGCCCCAACAGGAGCCGGGCGGUGAGCCGAGAGCCAGCAGCCAGCAUGAAGAAGCCUGUCCGGGGGAUGCAGGUGUUUCUGAAGCAGCUGACGCCCGGCCCCCACUCCAGGCCUUGGGUAAGACGAAGGAGGCAAGCGGGAACACAGCAGGGGCCCCGCCUUGCCGGCCUGACUCAGUAGCUCUCCUGGAUGCGGCUCGCUGCCCGCGAGCCCCGGCGCCCGCCAGCCCCGGCGUCACGCCCGCUCAGGACGCCCCACAGAGGGCAGCGUGUGAUGAAACCCAGGAAGGCGGGCGGCAACCAGAGCCAGCCCCGCAGAAGGAAAUGGAGCGUCUUGCCACCUUGGAUGCAGAGGCCCAGAAGCUUCCUGGAGGUUUCCCAUCAGCCGAGGAGCAGCGAGGUGUGGUGGGGAGCGCUGCUGAGAUUGGUGGGGGUGUUGACAAAGGAGACCUGGGGGUGCAGGGGGCUCCAGAGGAGCCAGAAGGUACUCUGAGUGGCGGCUCCCUUCAGAUGGACCAGUGCCCCUCCCCUGGGGAGCAAGCUCGCACCCCUGCCCACAGUGAAGCUGGCCACACUGAGCAGCCCUCGGCCAGCUGCCAGGACGCCUUGGCGCCAGCGGGAGAGGUGGGUGGGAUUCCCAGGAGCAUGGUGGAUAGUUCUGCAGCCCAGGCUGUCCCCAACCCAAAGAAGCCCCUGCCAUCAGAGCCACUGGAAGAUGCCACUCCAGACACUCCUUACCUGCAUAUUGACAGCGCUGCCAGGAAAGGGGCAGGAGAUGGUCCUAGAGGUCAUGGUGAAAGCCCUUGUCUACAGGAGCCUCUGCCUGCCGUGGAAAAUGCUGCCUCCAGGAAGCCGGCAGCUGGUCCUCUUCCCCCCCUGUCGCAACCAGGAGCAGCAGGUGGGGACAUCUCCAUGGUGCAAGCCAAGAGCAGAAGCCCCAAAGCCAGGAACUUUGAAGGCCCUGGGGACUCUGUGCCCUACCUGGACGGGAUGCUGCUUCCGGCCAGUGGUAAGCACAUGGCCGGGGAGGAGAGUGCAGACAGAGUUCCCGGGGCGGGCACUCAGCCCCGGGAGAUGCCCGCACACCCUGUCAGCAGUGAGGCGGGCGCGGAGGGUGGCGGGGCGAGGACGGUAGAACCUUCCCAGGACCCGAGGAAGGGUACAUCGGGCGGGGUGGACACAAGCCCCAAGCAGAUCAGCAUGACUGCCGGGUUCCCUGACUUCAGGGAACAUAUCACCAAGAUCUUUGAGCAAUCCGUGCUCGGAGCCCUGGCCGCCGACCGGCCCCAGCGCACACCAGGAGAAAAGGCAGGAGCUGGCCGUAGCGUGGGGGGCAAGGACCUCAGUGUGCCAUCAAGCCCAGAGAAGCUUCCAGAUGGGACUCAAGCAGCGGUGGUAGCCCCUCUACCCGCCCCUCCUGCUGGACUCUGGGGGGACUCAAAGAAGCAGAAGAAGCAAGAGUUGGCUGUUGAGGCUGAGAGUUCCCACGUGGUUCUCCAGGAUCCAGCUCCAGAAAAGCUGCUGGGGCUGACAGGGCCGAUGGGAGAGCAGAACCUGCCAGGUGCCGGUGGGGGCAAGGAAGUGACCAGGGUCCCGCUGAUGCUGAAGGAAAGCGAGAAGCAGGAGGAGGCCGGAGAAGCUGCACCCGGGCCAGGCCGCCAGGCCCACUUGCAGCAGGGAAGCGGCCAGCAGCCACCAGCUCCAGGGCCUUCUCCACAAGCUGCUGCUCCAGAGGCUCCUGUGGAGAAAGCUGCUGACUUGCCAGUGGCUCCACAGAGCCACAGGGAAGGGGACUCGGCACCAGACAACAGAAUUCCUUCCGAGAAACAGUCCCAGGAUGCACCUACCAGCAAUGGUCAACCCAGAGAAGAUGCUGCCUGGGGCUUUGCCGACACAGGAGCUCCAGGUGACACGCCAGUGUCCACCUCUGGCCUGGGGGCUUCUGCUCCCACUGUGACUGAGGCCAUCAGUGAGCCCUGGACCCCUGACACACCUUGUGGGGAGAGGAGGCCUGCAGGUGCCACUGGGCUCUCAGAAAAACAAAAUGGCCUGGGCAACCAGAGCGCCACUGAGCCAGCAGCAGUGGCAGACACGCCCCCGGAGCCUGGGGUGGUGGCAGGGGCUGCUCGGGAAGCAGAGGGUGACGUCACUUUGAGCACUGCUGAGACCGGGGCACGUGUGCCUGGUGACCUGCCGGAAACAGGUACGACGAGGAUGUUCCCUGGAACGGCUCCUGCUGCUGUACUGCCAAGGAGCAGUGGAGACCCAGGCUGCGCUGAGGGGUCUCCGGGGAUGGAGGGCACAGCCACCCCGUGCGGGGGCAGCCUGGCUGGGCGCCCGCAAACUGAGCUUCCCACUCCUGUUGGGGACGACGGGAAGGCAUGUGUCUCCUCACCUCCAGAACCUGAAGAAAGUCAGGACCCUAAACAUCAAGACCUGGCUCCGGAAGCAUUCCACGCUGAAAGAAAGAGCCCCGGGCGUGGCCCGUCCACCUGCCCUUCAGUUCCUGAGAAGGAUGCUCCGGAUGUCACCGGCGAGGUCAUUUCCAGCGAGGCCAGAAGAGCGGGAGGAGCAGAAAGCUCACCUGUAGCAAGUGAUGUGACCCCGCAAGCUGCCCAUGAAGACCUGGGAAAGCUGCUCUUCGCUGCCUCCUCCCACCAUGGCGGGGACUUCGGCCAGGCCUCCACAGAUCUGACGGCCCAGAGGAGUUCUGACUCUGAAGAAGCAUUUGAGACCCCAGAGUCGACCACGCCUGUCAAAGCUCCACCAGCCCCUCCCCCACCGCCCCCGGAAGUUAUUCCAGAGCCUGAGGUCAGCGUGCCACUUUCCCCGGAAGAACCAGGAUGCGGCGCUGAGUCGGCCUGCGUCCCCGAUGGCCCGCGGAGCGCCUCGGUGGAAGGCAGCCCGUUCCGUCCUCCCGCCCAGUCCUUCUCCGCCGUCUUCGAUGAAGACAAGCCGAUAGCCAGCAGCGGGACUUACAACCUGGACUUCGACAACAUCGAGCUGGUUGAUAGUUUCCAGACCUUGGAGCCACGCCCCUUGGACUCCAAGAAUCAGGAAUGCAAAGUGAGCACACGAAGGAAGUCCACAGACUCCGUCCCUGCCUCUAAGUCCACGCUGUCCCGCUCGCUCAGCCUGCAGGCCAGUGACUUUGAUGGUGCUUCUUGCUCAGGCAACACCGAGGCCGCGGCCCCGGCCCCAGACGCAUACAGCACGGGUUCGAGCAGCGAUUCCAAUACCCUUAAGCGAACUAAGAAACCGAGACCCCCUUCCUUAAAAAAGAAACAGACCACAAAGAAACCCUCAGAAACCCCCCCAGUGAAAGAGACACAGCAAGAGCCAGCUGACGAGAGUCCUGUCCCCAGCGAGGAGAAUCGAGCCUCGGAGGCAAAAACAGAAUCAGCCCCGCUGGAAGGUUCUAGACCAGCCUUAACCCAGGAGGCACCCCUGGAACCUGCCGCUGCCUGUCCUCUGGACCCGGAGAGUGCAGAAGGGGCUGUCCCCCCGGCCACUGGAGGUGGCCGAGUGCAGAACUCGCCCCCCGUUGGAAGGAAAACAUUGCCCCUUGCCACGGCCCUGGAGGCGGUGGAGGUGACCCCGUCAGAUAGUGGGGGGCAAGAGGACUCCCCAGCCAAAGGGCUCCCCGUGAGGCUGGAGUUCGAUUAUUCUGAGGACAAGGGUGGUUGGGACAGCCAGCAGGAAAACCCCCCUCUUACCAAAAAGACAGGCAAGAAGCCAACUGCCAAAAUGCCCCUGAGGAGAGCAAAGGUGAAAAAAACGCCCGAGAAACUUGACAACGCCCCUGCCUCGCCCACCAGGUCCCCUGCUGAACCCAAUGACAUCCCUGUCGCUAAAGGUGCCUACACCUUCGACAUUGACAAGUGGGAUGACCCCAAUUUUAACCCGUUUUCUUCCACCUCAAAAAUGCAGGAGUCUCCCAAACUGCCCCCACAAUCAUACAACUUUGACCCAGACGCCUGUGAGGAGUCCGUGGACCCCUUUAAGACAUCCUCUAAGACCCCCAGCUCACCCCCUAAAUCCCCAGCCUCCUUCGAGAUCCCGGCUAGUUCCACGGAAGCCAACGGAGUGGACGGGGAUGGGCUGAACAAGCCUGCCAAGAAGAAGAAGACACCGCUGAAGACGAUGGUUGAAGAUGUGAUGUCUGUAUGUUCUCUGUUUGACACAUUUAGGGUGAAAAAGUCGCCAAAACGGUCUCCUCUCUCUGAUCCACCUUCUCAGGACCCCACCCCAGCGGCCACACCAGAAACGCCGCCAGUGAUCUCUGCGGUGGUCCACGCGACCGAUGAGGAGAAGCUGGCGGUCACCAACCAGAAGUGGACGUGCAUGACAGUGGAUCUGGAGGCUGACAAACAGGACUACCCGCAGCCCUCAGACCUGUCCACCUUUGUGAACGAGACCAAAUUCAGUUCACCCACGGAGGAGCUGGAUUACAGAAAUUCCUAUGAAAUUGAAUAUAUGGAGAAAAUUGGCUCCUCCUUACCUCAGGACGAUGACGCCCCGAAGAAGCAGGCCUUGUACCUUGUGUUUGACACGUCUCAGGAGAGCCCCGUCAAGUCUCCCCCCGUCCAGAUGUCGGAGUCGCCGACGCCGUGUUCAGGGUCAAGUUUCGAGGAGACUGAAGCCCUUGUGAAUGCCGGGGCAAAGAUCCCCCAUCCCGUCGCACGCGGGCUGGCCCCCAGCCAGGAGCCACACUUGCAGGGGCCAGAGAAGCCCUCCCAGAAGGCUCUGGAGGCCAUGGCCCUGGGCACCGCUUCAGACGCGAUCGAAAUUACAGCUCCCGAGGGCGCCUUUGCCUCUGCUGACGCUCUCCUCAGCAGGCUGGCCCACCCAGCUGCGCUCUGUGGUGCGCUUGACUAUCUGGAGCCCGACUUAGCAGAAAAGAACCCCCCACUAUUUGCUCAGAAACUUCAGGAGGAGUUAGAGUUUGCCAUCAUGCGGAUAGAAGCACUGAAGCUGGCCAGGCAGAUUGCCCUGGCUUCCCGCAGCCGCCAGGACACCAAGAGAGAAGCUACUCACCCAGCAGACGUCUCCAUCUCCAAAACAGCCUUGUACUCCCGCCUGGGGACCGCGGAGGCAGAGAAGCCCGCAGGCCUUCUGUUCCAGCAGCCCGACCUGGACUCCGCCCUGCAGGUCGCCAGAGCAGAGAUCCUAACCAAGGAGAGAGAGGUGUCCGAGUGGAAGGAGAAAUACGAAGAAAGCCGGCGGGAAGUGAUGGAGAUGAGGAAGAUCGUGGCCGAGUAUGAGAAGACCAUCGCUCAGAUGAUAGAGGACGAACAGAGGGAGAAGUCGGUCUCCCACCAAACGGUCCAGCAGCUGGUCCUGGAGAAGGAACAGGCCCUGGCCGACCUGAACUCCGUGGAGAAGUCUCUGGCCGACCUCUUCAGGAGAUAUGAGAAGAUGAAAGAGGUCCUGGAGGGCUUCCGCAAGAAUGAAGAGGUGCUGAAGAAGUGUGCGCAGGAGUACCUGUCCCGAGUGAAGAAGGAGGAGCAGAGAUACCAGGCCCUGAAGGUGCACGCGGAGGAGAAGCUGGACAGGGCCAACGCGGAGAUUGCCCAGGUCCGGGGCAAGGCCCAGCAGGAACAGGCCGCCUACCAGGCCAGCCUGCGGAAGGAGCAGCUGCGGGUGGACGCCCUGGAGAGGACGCUGGAGCAGAAGAAUAAAGAAAUAGAAGAACUCACCAAGAUUUGUGAUGAACUGAUUGCCAAAAUGGGGAAAAGCUAACUUUGAACCAAAUGUUCGGACUUGACCGUUGCGUGCAAUAUGACCGUCGGCACACUGCUGUCCCUCCAGUCCCGCGGACAGGCUCUGUUUUCACGUUUUCGUAUGCACUACUGUGUUUCUUUUCUAAAUAAUGUUGAUUUGAUUGUAUGCAGUACUAAGAAGACUAUCAGAAUUUCUUGCUAUUGGUUUGCAUUUUUCCUAGUAUAAUUCAUAGCAAGUUGACCUCAGAGUUCCUGUAUCAGGGAGAUUGUCUGAUUCUCUAAUAAAACACACAUCGCUGACCUUGGCCUUGCCCUUCGUACAUGAGCUCCCAGGGUGAGCGGCUUUUGGAUUUAAUAUGAACGUGUGCAGCUUGCACGGGGACUCUUGCCUUAAGGAGUGUAAACUUGAUCUGCAUUUGCUGAUUUGUUAAAAAAAAAAAAAAAAAGAAAAGAAAAGAAAAUGCAUGUCUCAAAGGAAAUUCUC